AUGUCUCCGGGUCCUCCCACCGCGACGGAGCGUCCCUGGGAGAGCAGGCCAAGCCCGGAGGGGGUAGCUGAGGGCUCGCCUGUGCCAGUCGCCACCAGGGCGCGUUCCGGUGCCGCGGCGGGUGGCACAGGCUGGCAGACACGGGCUGGGAGCCCGGGCCCCAAGGGGAGGGGGCAACUGCUUGCGGGCCCGCCCCCUCGCCUGUCAGCUCCAGCCCCGCCCCCCGAACAGAGGCAGCUCACUCAGCUCCAGGCCGCUCGACUGCUGAGCGCACACCACCUGGGCGCAGGGUCUUGGGGCGGGCAGCCCAUGGAGCCGGGGCUGCUGCGGCCAGCGCCAGUGAGCGAGGUUAUCGUCCUGCAUUACAACUACACCGGGAAGCUCCGCGGUGCGCGCUACCAGCCCGGCGCGGGGCUGCGCGCCGACGCCGUCGUGUGCCUGGCCGUGUGCGCGCUCAUCGUACUCGAGAACUUAGCCGUGCUGAUCGUGCUCGGACGCCACCCGCGCUUCCAUGCGCCCAUGUUCCUGCUCCUGGGUAGCCUCACGCUGUCCGACCUGCUGGCGGGUGCCGCCUAUGCAGCCAACAUCCUGCUGUCGGGGCCUCUCACGCUGCGCCUGUCGCCCGGGCUCUGGUUCGCUCGUGAGGGUGGCGUCUUCGUGGCGCUCGCCGCGUCCGUGCUGAGCCUCUUGGCCAUCGCGCUCGAGCGCCUCCUCACCAUGGAGCGCCGGGGACCCGCUCCUGCCGCCCGUCGGGGGCGCACGCUGGCGCUGGCGGCCGCGGCCUGGGGCAUGUCGCUGCUUCUCGGGCUACUGCCCGCGCUCGGCUGGAAUUGUCUCGGCCGUCUGGACGCCUGCUCCACGGUCCUGCCGCUCUACGCCAAGGCCUACGUGCUCUUCUGCGUGCUCGCCUUUGUUGGCAUCCUGGCUGCCAUCUGCGCACUCUACGUGCGGAUCUACUGCCAAGUGCGCUCCAAAGCGCGGCGCCUGGGGGCCCGCCCCGGGGCUGGAGAGGGCCCCUCGGCCCGCGCACGCCGCACGCCGCGCUCGUUGGCGCUGUUGCGCACGCUCAGCGUGGUGCUCCUGGCCUUCGUGGCUUGCUGGGGACCACUCUUCCUGCUGCUCUUGCUGGACGUGGCGUGCCCGGCGCGCGCCUGCCCUGUGCUCCUGCACGCGGACCCCUUCCUGGGCCUGGCCAUGGCCAAUUCGCUUCUGAACCCCAUCAUCUACACGUUCACCAACCGCGACAUGCGGCAAGCGCUCCUGCGCCUCCUCUGCUGCGGCCGCCGCUGGUGCAGCCUAGACCCGGGUGCCUCCCAGCCGUCGGGGAGCCCCCCUGGGGCUUCGGGCGGCCUGCAGCGCUGGCUGCCUCCUGGCCUGGAUGUCAGCUCCAGCCACUCCGAGCGCUCGUCACCCCAGCGGGACGGGCUGGACACCAGCGGCUCGACAGGCAGCCCUGGCGCGCUCACAGCCGCCUGGACCCUGGUACCCCCUCCAGCCGCAGACUGACGCCCUUUGCUCCGCCAUUGGCCUCCCUAAGAGCUCUUUCGCAGACUUUCUUGCUAAAUAAAGGAAUUUAUAGGAAAAGCAGCUGAAGGUGGUGGAGGCAGAAAAGACGCAGGAGAAUGUAUUUUAUUGACGCUAAACCCCACGGCAAUGAACAAAAUAGACAAAAAUCCCUUCCCUUGUGUAAUUGAUGUUCUGGUGGCGGACAUAGACAAUAACGGAAUGAAGAGUUAUGGAGAUAAUUCCAGUGACAAUACAGUGAUGCGAUGGUGGUCAGGGGAUGCCUCUCUGCAGAGGUGGUGACAUGUGACCUGAGAUGCACUGUCCUCGGAACUUCUGAAGGAAGAUCAUUUCCGGGUGGGGCUUCAAAGGCCCUGAGCCUAGAAUAUGCCUGUGUGUUCUCUGAAAAGCACAUAUGUCAAUGUGGCUGGAAUGGAGGAUGGAGGGGGAGAGUGGGAGGAAACAAAGGCAGGGAAAUGAUGGGACAGAUGGGGCAGGGACUUGUGAGCCCAGGGGAGGACUUUCUUUUGCUCUGAGUGAAGUGGGAUUCAUGGAGGGUUCUAGGCAGAGGAGUUACUUAAUCUGGCUCACGUGUUUACAGAGGCCUCUGGUCUCUGUGGAGGGUGAAGCUAGGAGAACAAGGUGGUGGUGACUGCAUUGGCCUAGGGGAGUGAUGAUAAGGAAUCAGACCCUGUGGAUUCUCCAUGGAUUUGGGAGGUAUUGGACAGAAUUCCGGAGGAAAUUGGGUGUGGGGGAGAAAGGAGUCAAGGACAGCUCUUCACUCUAGAAAAGAGACCAAAGACAGGGCACCCUAAAAUUUGACUCUAGGAGACUCAGCCAAUUCCUAUCUGAAACAAGAUUUCUUUGAAUGUGGUGUCAGAUCCUUCAUAAAGAAUAAAAAUACA